AUGCAGACGGCAAAGGGGAAGGCCGAGGCGCAGGGACGGAAGGCCAAGCUUGCGACUUCCUACCAGGAGCUCUUGGACGAAUUCUCGAGCACCGACCUCAAGUCCGUCGGCAACUAUACUCUUGGCCGCCUGAUUGGCAAAGGCUCCUUUGGCAAAGUCUAUUUGGCCUCCCACAAACUCACAAAUGGCUCCAAGGUCGUCUUGAAGUCGGCGAAUCGAACCGACUCGAACCUGGCCCGCGAGAUCCACCAUCACAGACAAUUCGUCCACCCCCAUAUCGCAAGAUUGUAUGAGGUGAUUGUGACGGAGAACUUGGUGUGGAUGGUCCUGGAGUACUGUGCAGGGGAUGAAUUGUACAACUACCUCCUCGACCAUGGCCCGCUUCCUAUGCCAAAGGUGCAAAAGAUUUUUGCCCAACUAGUCGGCGCCGUCAGCUAUGUUCACAUGCAGUCUUGUGUUCAUCGCGAUCUCAAGCUCGAAAAUAUCCUCUUCGAUACGCACGAAAACGUCAAGCUUGUCGACUUUGGCUUUACCAGAGAAUAUGAAGGCCGAACAAAUCAUUUGCAGACCUUUUGCGGAACAAUAUGCUACUCUGCGCCUGAAAUGUUGAAGGGGGAAAAGUAUGCUGGUGAAAAGGUGGACGUCUGGAGCUUGGGUAUCAUUCUAUACGCCUUGCUCUGUGGAGAGCUACCUUUUGACGACGACGACGACAACAUAACCCGAACUAAGAUUCUCACCGAAGAACCAACCUAUCCCGAACACUUUCCUACAGAGGCAAUUCCUCUUAUCAAAUCCCUCCUGUCGAAGCGGCCUCUUCUCCGACCAUCACUUCCAGAAAUUCUAGCUCAUCCUUUUCUCGCAGAGCACGCACCGGCGCAGCAAGCUAUUCUCGAAACAAAGGCCUUGCCCCCAUUCUCUACUCUGCUGGAGAAAGACUGCCUACACCGCAUGCGUAGUGCUGGUGUGGACACCGACUCGGUUAUUGAAAGUGAUGUCGAUGAAGACGGCGGUCUGACGAAGCAGUUUAUCAAAUUAGGAGACCCAGCAAUGCCCAGAGCUCGAGGAAGACCAGAUCGGAGAAGCGCUCACUACUAUGACCUGGCUAUCGCCGACAUGUCUUACUUUACUGCCGAAGGCAGUCGUUCAAAUGGCCCGCAGACUCCAGACGAAAAUGGCCGCCAUCGUUCUAUUGACAGCCACUCGAUUCGCUCAGUCUCGACGACGCGCAACUACCGGCCAAUUCCACCGCCCAAGGAAGGCAUUUUACGCAGCGCCAGGUCUCGGGGAUCGACACUGCAUCUCGUCACCACGACCGAGUCGCUUGGCCUGGGUGACCACAGCGCUCCACCAAGCUCUCAACAGCAGGAUGACAAUAGCUUACAGAAGGCCAAGAAGAGGCCUAGCCAGGCCAUCAUUGCUCACUGGAAAAACUGGACUCAUUGGUUUAUCGAGAACACGACUAGAAGGCGGCGUGGGCAUGAAAGGCGCACGAGUCGAAGUGUGCCCGACUUGCAUAAGAAAGAAGGCAGCACCAAAAGCAGCAAUGAUGCCAGUCCCAGGCCACAAACCAGCAAAUACCCAAACACGAAUUCCCUAGGACCAAACGCUACCGCUCCCCUCCCCAAGGGGGUCGUGGCAAACGGACACCUGGCCAAGGCUAACGGAUCAUCUAGCUACGGCUCUCUUCGAGGAAGUUCACUAUCGCCAUCUCCGCUAACACCCCGAGGUACUGCUGCCCGGCGUUCGUCGGCAGGCUUGCGGGGGAGAAAAUCGACAUCAUCUUCCGUGUCCUCUGUUCGAUCAAUGCACCACCAUCAUCACACGCACUCCAAGGCAUCUUCCACCAGUUCUACCGGCUCCGUGUCAACGUCUAAAACGCCGUUAGGCCGUGGACACUCGCCUCAUCACUCAGUCAAAGUUCUGCCUGCGACGCCCACGGGCACAGCAUUCCCUUCCAACAUUCGCCUCGUCCGCAUGCCACCUGCUCCGCCGGUGAACUCGUACAAUGAAGGUAUGCCGACGCAAGCUCCUGGAUCACCUAACCCCUUUGCCUCAGGCGUCAUGUUUGCGAAGCGAAAGAAGAACCUCUUCAAAGGCCCGGCCCUCAGUUUCGGAGCCUCCCAUGGAGCAGUACGGAAUGCGUCCGCUGGCCCCCAUUCUCACUCUCGCAGUGGCAGCGCCUCAGGAUUGGGACGCCGUUCUGGAGAGAUUACUAUUCAGGAGGAAGAUGAAGACCACAUGGGUGGCCUUGAUGAAGAGGAAGAGGAAAUCGAGGAGGUGGAUGCGUUUGGCCCCGUGAUUGGUGGCCCGGGGGAGAUUAUUGAGGAGCAGAUCCUUGAAGACGAAGCGACAACUCCGACGGCAGAGAGGCACCCGACGGCAGAGAUACACAGCCCUUCUUCGACAAUCUCUCCCAGAAACACUACUAUACUCGCAUAA